AUGGACAUUAUGCAUCCCCUAGAGCCAUACGGACGCCUGUCUCCUAUGACAUCGGCAAUGGUUGUGUACCACUUCUUUCGUGCCAAUCUUCAACAAGACUUUAUUCCGAUAUCCAGCAGUCGGGAGAACACCCCCGGGCUGGGCCUCGGGUGGCCCAACAGGCGGCCCAAAAGGCGACAAAGCCCAAUCCCCGACAACAUUUACGUGAAGUUUCAUUCCCCCGAGACAGUGCAACCUGUUGCCGCAAACAAAGUACCUAUCCCCAGGCCUCGUCAAGGCAAAAGACGUGUUGCUGUUGCUGCUCGUUUGUAG